GAACUCAAAAAAAUAUGAAAAAGUACAACAAAAUCUUAAGAAGUACAACGAAACUCCGCCAUAAGCGGAGAAGCCCCAACAUAGGAUUCUAAAUUGAGCCCAGAAAACACUUCCAAUAGCAAGACAGCACGUGGAGCAUUAUGACACACUGACGAAAUACCCGAGCCCAAGUGGAUCCCACCGUGAAAAGCUUUUUGGCGGGUCAUUCACAACAAAUUCAAACAAAGCAGACUUUAGCAAUCCCUAGGUCAAAAAUCUUUCCCUCCAAUCCAUCAGUCGCUCCUUCGACAUCUGCUAGGGCUAGGGUUUUUGCUUCUCUGUUUUCAGGUUAACAUGGAAAGAAAUCUGGGUCAAAUGUAAUCUUAAAUUGGAUACAUUAGAGCGGGAGUUAAGUGAACCUUGAGGGUAAAGGAGAUCCCUGAACCUAAUUUCCUGCCAAGUAUAGAAAACAGAAUAGUAUUAUGGGGAAAGUAUCUCCUAAAGAUGGACAAUCCAACACUUCGAAACAGAAAAGGCGGUCGAAGAGUACAAAGAGCAAGUAUCUGAGACCAGGUGCUCUUGCACAACUUCGGAACACCAAGGUUUCCGCUGAUAAAUGUUGUACUGAUCUUUGGAAGGUAAGAGUGGUUUUAACGAAUACAGAUGAUGCUAAUAAGGAAGUUCUGUUUCCAAAUGAUGUUAAUGAUGAGAGUCCCAUAUUUCUAUCUCCCAUGAGAUAUGGGGACAUGGAUUUAGCCAAGCAGAAUUAUUUGCAAAUGACACCAAAGACACCCGGAGCUGCAGAAGGCAUGUUGGAGUCGAGGCUUGAGUCACUUCCGUUGGAUUUGUUGGUUAACAUACUUUGCCACUUGCAACAUGAUCAGCUUAAAGCAGUUUUCCAUGUCUCUCAAAAGAUCAGGAAGGCAGUAAUUUUGGCAAGACAAUUCCAUUUCAAUUAUACUACUCCAGAUAGAAGGCGACAAGAUAUGUUAGGAACCAUGACUCCUCACCCCACUGAUCAGCAUCCUUUUGCAAGCAAAGGGGAUGGGAAAGGUGCAUGGGAUCACACCCCUCUUACUCCUCAGGCUCCUAAGCAUGGUCCCAAGCCCCCAUCUCGACUCAAGUUUAUAGAGAUGGAGCAAGUUGCAGCUGUUCUUUUCCAGGAAUCUGCUUUUCCUUCAAGGCGUUUGGUGCCAUCUGUUAUACCAAAACCCCUUUGUAAGUCCUUGGGUUCUAAUAGAGUCCUAUUUUACGAGGAUGAAUUAUGCCAGGCUGUUUCUCAGAAUAAACUUCGUUAGCUUCUGUUUUAGUUUCUCAUCUCCUAAUGUGUAUAGUAGGAAUCUUGGUAGUAAUACAGCCAUGACGGAGUUUUGUAAUAUUAUCAAGCUGUUCGUUGGAAGUUGUGGUGUUUGAAGAUUGCAAUAGGUUAUACAGGUUUGCUGGUUGUGAUGCGAAUAAUACAUUGAUAUUGGUCGUGUAUACUUCCAUAUAGUUUCCUUGUAUUAGGUGUUGGAGUGGCAAUGAUUGUUGCUAUUAUCUGUAGCAGUGAAGUGAAAGGAAUAUAUGCAAUGUUUUAGAGCAGUUGAUUGUGA